AUGUUCAACUGCAGACGAGGCGACACCGGGAAGAGUGUGACCAUCAAGCUGCCGCAUUCACACAACAAGACUCAGCGUGAGGUCCAACUGCUGGAAACAACUGCAGAACAGGAGGCGGAUCAUCAAAAUAUAGUGACAUUUAUUGAAAAGUUGCCAACCGGCCGUGGGGAGGCUCUAGUUUUGGAGGAGCUCAGUAUGAACUUAACUUCGUACAUGAAACAACUCUCCCCACUGCCCAUGAGUGACGUCCAGGCCGUUGUCCAGCAGACGGCCACGGCUCUACAGACCCUGGAGUCCAAGGGGAUAAUCCAUACGGGUGUUUCAAUGGAAAACAUCUGGCUGUGUCACCGUAGCAACGAGCCAAUUAAGAUCAAACUGGCCGAUUUUGGAGCUUUUAUGGAGCGGAAGAGGACGAUACCGGACAUGACGGCGCAACGUGUCCCCUACAGAGCUCCAGAAAUCAUCCUCGGACUCCCGUUCGACGAGGCCAUAGACGUCUGGUCUCUGGGCACCAUGUCGGUCACUUUGCUCACUGGGUUUGAUCUGUUUCCCGACCGAACAGAAUUUGAGACUCUGACGACUAUAGUCAAAAUAUUGGGUCAACCUCCUGACCACGUCCUCAGUGAAGCGGUCAACACCCAUGAGUAUUUCAGUGCUGACGGGACCAGCUGGAAGAUAAAGACCACAGAUCAGUUUGAAAGUUCUUCUAAACUGCCUCCGAAUACGAUCAAGGCCCAUGAAACAGACGCCUUUGACUCUCUGGAUGAAGUGAUCGACGCCAAAAUUAGACACAGUUAUGACAGCGCUGAGCUCGGUGCCUUUAUUGACCUGGUGAAGGCGAUGCUCUGUCUGGACGGGACUCAGAGGAUCACUGCUGCUCAGACCCUGGAGCACGACUUUAUCAGGGGCGGCGGCGGCGGCGGAGGCGGAGGCGGGGCGGCGGCGGCGGCGGCGGCGGAGGCGGCGGCGGAGGCGGCGGCGGAGGCGGCGGCGGCGGCGGCGGUGAAGGCGGCGGUGGCGGCGGCGGCAGCAGAAACAGUGCGGAGGAAAAGAUCUAAAACAACAGUGAUCACGGCUGAAUCAAGUUCAUCUGAAGCUCAGCGGCAGGGGCCGACGGGGGCCGACGCCCCGGGGGCCGACGCCCCGGGGGCCGACGCUGUCGGCAGGUGA